AAGGCAAUGUAAUGAUUGUAACUUAGAAAUAAUUGUUUGUUAUAUACCUUUGUGGAAGUGCCAUUUGUUGGGAGGUUGCUCGUAUGACCCGCGCGGUCCCGGUUAGUUUCGUGCAUCCAACAUGGCCGGUCGAGGUGGUUAUGAUGAUUAUAGAGGUAGGAAACCUUUACCUACGGAGCCUCCUUACACUGCUUAUGUCGGAAAUCUUCCAAAUGGAGUCGUUCAAGGAGAUGUUGAUAAAAUUUUCCAGGAUCAAAAUGUAAAAGGAAUUCGUUUAGUGAAAGAUCGUGAAACUGAUAGGUUUAAAGGCUUCUGCUAUGUUGAAUUUGAAAAUUUAUCUGAUCUAGAACAGGCUAUAGAACUUAAUGGACUUGUUGCUAUUGAUGGUAAUUCGGUAAAAAUAGAUGUUGCUGAUGGUAAGCGAAAUGAUCGAGGUGGUGGUUUUGACAGAAGAGGUCGAGGGAAUAGUGGAGGGAGCGGAGGAUUUGGAAGAAGAGAUGGAGGCGGCAGAGGUUAUGGAGAUGAUUACAAUAACGCACCCUCUUAUUCCAGGAGACUGGCCUACGACAGUGGAAGAUCAGGAAGUGGUUUCAGCGGUGAACCUAGAGGAAAUCGUGGGAACUACGGCCAAUUUAAUGAAGACGGUGGUGGUCGAGAGUGGUCUCGAGGAGGUGCUAGUGGUCCAGGAGGUGGUCGACCUGGUGGCAGUAGUUCAUUUAGUGGAAGACCAUCCCGUGGAGGAGGUGGUGGAGGUGGAGGUGGUGGUGAAAGAAAAUCCUACCAGGAUGAUGCUUACAUGAAAGAACCACCGCCAGACACAAGCGGAAGAAAACGUCUUGUUCUCCAACCUCGAACAGUGGCGCUUCCCCUGAACACAAUUGCAGAAUCGAGUAAAUCAAGCUCGAUAUACGGUGGAGCUAAGCCACGAGAGGAAAAACUCAAAACCGAGGACGGAGAAGAGAAGUAAAAAGCAAAACGAAUGUCUUCAAUAACCACUAUAUUAUCAUCAGUUCCCAUUUUCAAAACGGGAAUCGAUAAAGUAAAUCACCUUAAAUGAAAAAAAAAUCGUCAAAUAAGUAACGUUAAGACUCUUUCGACUUCCUUGUACAUCGUUGAGAAAACUCUCCAUAGAAAGAAGGAUCAUUUCAAUAAAAAAAAAAAGAGAGAGAUUCAUUUUUAUAAAAUUUGUGGAGGGAUUUUUUUCUCGAGACUAAUGUAUACAUAACGAGAAAAAAAAUAGGUCUAUGUGGUACAUAAUAAAAAUUUCAGAAAAUUAGCGUCAUUUUACAAUUUUCAUCACACACACAACAAAAAUUGUCAUAGAAAUGGAAAAGUUUUAUGCAAGGAUAUAAGAAAUGUAUCAACGUGUCUAUUUCAAAUAACGACGCUAUACAUGUGAGACAUGAUCAUUGAAAUGCUACAAUUUACAGGUACAUUUUGAUAUUCGUGUAAAUUAAAAAAAAAGUAAAGUUUGUGUCUGUUUGUAAUAACGUCAAGGGUACAUGUACAAAUUAUGAAAAAAUGUGUAAGUGCGCAUGGUGCAGUAAAAUUCACAAAUGCCUUGUUCUUGAACUUGAUCCUAAACAAUAAAUAAUAAUUUUAUUGAUUUUAUUGUUCAGGAGUAAUUUCAAAGCAAAAGGCAUUUGUAAGUUUUACGUACAAAAAUCUCCCUUUAAGCAUUUUACAAUUAUUUGCAAAUUAACAAAAAAAAAAAAAAAAUCGUACACACAUACACAAAGAAAUAAUUAAAAAAAAAAUACAUGACCGUGAUGCUCAUAUAAGAGAGUACAAAAAAAUCGAAAUAAUCCCCGUAAUCCUUACACCAUUUUUUUAAAAAUGUUUGUUUCGUAAUUCUAAUUUACUGUAAAAAUGUUAAUUAACUGGUAAAACGCUUAAACAAUUGUUGCUGGCCGAAAUAAUGCUUCGAAACAAUAAUUGUUUAGAGCAUCAAUUUAAGUGGAUAUUAUAAAUGCUCGGUAAAAAAAAAGUGAAAAGGAGAUAACGUCGAGUGAACAAAAAUUUAAAUGGCAAAGCCUUUUUAACAGUGUAUUAAUUUUUGUUUCCUUUCUUGUCAUUCGAGAAAUUGGACAAUGUUUACGAAAUUGACGUAAAAAAAUUAUGCAAAAUAAAUUUAAAAAAUCAUGGAAUUAAUCACGUUAUGUAAAACUACGCUUGUAUAUGGUACUAUUUCGUAAAUAAAGUAGUUACUACCGUGUAAUGUGUCGUGAGGGAUAAACAAAAACAACUGAUAAAAUCAUUAUUUAUAUAAUUUUUAUUGUCAAUUAAUACAAAUCAAAUGUAAUAUCACUUAA